CGACGCGCUGGCGCGGUGACGUCGCCCGGGUGCCGGGCGGCGCAGGCAGCCAUGGCGGCCCCGCUGGCGGCUCCGGGCGGCGGCGGCGGCGGCGGGGGGGCGGCGGCAGCAGCAGCGGGGCGGGGGCGCGGGCCGGCGCUGCGCGAGGGCGCGCGGGUGUCGGCGCUGUGCCUGGCCUGGUACGGGCUGAGCGCCGGCGGCAACGUGGUGAACAAGCUGCUGCUCGGCGGCUUCCCGCGGCCCGUCACCGUCUCGCUCUUCCACAUCCUGGGGCUGUGCGGGCUGCUGCCGCCGCUGCUGCGCGCCUGGCGGGUGCCGCCCGCCGGCCCGGCCCAGCUGCCGCCCCGCGCCUACCCGCGCUACAUCCUGCCGCUCGCCUUCGGCAAGUACUUCGCCUCCGUGUCCGCGCACGUCUCGCUCUGGCGGGUCCCGGUCUCCUACGCGCACACAGUGAAAGCGACGAUGCCGAUAUGGGUGGUUCUUCUGUCAAGGAUCAUCAUGAAGGAGAAGCAGACGACGAAGGUGUACUUGUCUCUGAUCCCCAUCAUAAGUGGUGUCCUACUGGCCACAGUCACUGAACUUUCUUUUGACAUGUGGGGACUCAUCAGCGCGCUUGCUGCUACGCUUUGUUUUUCACUCCAGAACAUCUUCUCGAAGAAGGUGUUAAGAGAUUCCCGAAUACAUCAUCUUCGGUUGCUGAACAUACUCGGAUGCCAUGCUGUGUUCUUCAUGAUCCCAACGUGGGUUUUGGUAGAUCUUUCCUCUUUCCUAGUAGAAAAUGACUUGAGCACAAUGUCUCACUGGUCCUGGACCUUAAUGCUGCUUAUAAUCAGUGGAUUCUGUAAUUUUGCCCAGAAUGUCAUUGCCUUCAGUAUUCUUAACCUGAUCAGCCCGUUAAGUUACUCCGUUGCAAAUGCCACAAAGAGGAUCAUGGUCAUCACAGUUUCCCUUAUAAUGCUUCGAAAUCCGGUUACCAGCACCAAUGUCCUUGGAAUGAUGACAGCUAUCUUGGGGGUGUUCUUAUAUAACAAGACAAAAUAUGAUGCAAAUCAAGAGGCAAAGAAGCAGCUACUUCCGGUUACAACUGGAGACCUGGUAAAUUUGGACCGGCAUCGAAACACUCCUGAAAAGUCUCAGAAUGGACUUACGGCAUUUGCACAACACGGAGACUAUCAGUAUGGUCGAGCCAACGUCUUAACAGACCACUUCCAGUAUAACCGGCAAAACUAUCCAGCUACCUACAACUUAAAUCGUUUUGAUAUAUAGAAUCCUGGCAAACAGGUAUAGACUAUGAUAUCAGUGUCCCCAACAUUAUCAGAAACUUUUAGUACAUCCAUGAAUGUAAAGCCAUUUUAUUGUACAGGUUUUGCAGAAGGGAAGAUGCAUGUGUAGUGAAAGUGGUACAGACCUUUGACUUCUGCUAAGCAGAUCUUUAGACAUGAAAUACUUAGAUCUGACACUGGAACUAAAUGCACAGUGUAGCUCUUGUACAGAGAUUGUGGUGAAAUGCAGAUACAAAACUUCAGUGUAAAAUAUCUGCUGUCACUGCUCCUUUUUGGAGUCUGUCAAUUGAUUUUUUUUUUUUUUUGGCAGCUAAACUGUGGCCAGUACUUUGUUUCCAUGCUAAUAACAAUACCUUUAAUUUGUUGUCUAAUAUGUAUUUUAAUGAUAUUUAGAUGAAAUCUUCAGAAAAAGUAAAACUAUAUGCACUUCUGGUUAUCAGGAGCUGUCAGUUUGAGGAGAAAUGACUUACGUUUAUCAGUUGCAGACAGGCAGACUUGAAUUCACCUUGGGCAAAUAUGAAACUUCAAGUAGGUAUUAAUUACCUCUGUGCCUAUGCCUGCAGGUUUUGAUGACAAACCAGGAGUGGUUCUGAAAGACUAGACAGUAGGGAGAUUGAUACCUUCAAUAGUCUUUUUUCAGGCAUAGAGAACCAUUUUUUUCUAAAAUCAUUGUUGUCCCAGUUGCUGUAGAUAACAAACAAAACAGAGCUUAAGAUCAUCGUUGUUUUCUGAAUAAUGUAGUCCUGUAACUUCAGACAUUGCUCUUCCCUGGCAAUACAGAAAACACCUUGACAAAUAAAGUGUUUGGAACAGUAUGAUUUUUUUUUUACUUGCUUCACCCCUGUUCUUACAAAAGUCUUGUGUUGGCUUAAAAAUUCAAAGUUUUAAGGUGUUUUCUUCUCAGUUUUAUGCACAAAUUAUGCUCCUUUAUUUGGUUCAUAUUUUAUGAAUGCAUGGAUUUGAAUAAUCAUCAUUCUUAAUUGUUUCUUCAGUCUAUCUUUUUAGCCCCUAAUUAUUUUUAUAACUAACUUAAUCAGCACUGUUGGAGCUGCUGUGUGCAUUUGGCUUGACUUUUAUUUUCAGCUGAAGGAAGUUAAAUUUUAUAUCCUUCUCUCUUCUUGCAACUCCUCUAGCUUGAAUAGUAAAUUGUUAUGAAAAGAUAUUUUGAAUCAGCAGUAAAUAUGUAAUUUAUGGAUGAUAAGUACUGAUUCAGUUAGCAUAAAUGACGGUACUUCUAGACAAGUUAAUGGUUGUGUGUCAGAUACUGCAUUUGUGUGUGAAAGGAAUGAAACCAGUUGAACUUUGGUUUUGCUGAACCAGAUUAUUAUUACUCCUUUAGCAAAGAAGAUUUUAGGGGCCUUCUUUCCUUAACAGAAAAGCUGUUGUUUAGUAAGGUUUUGAUAGCAUAAGUAUUAUGUUUUUACUAGAGAGGUAUUAGAUACCGGUUACAAAAUUCAGGGUGUGGUGCUGUACCAGACACCUCCUCUACUUAUUUAAUGCUUUCAAAAUGACUGUUUCCUAGAUGUGAAAUGAUGAUUUGACUCUUUUCUGGAUACUAAAGAAUUUUUUAAGUGCAAAGUCAGCCUGAUCUCAUUCUUUUGGUUGUCUGUGGAGGUAGUAAUAUAGACUGCCUUCCGUGAUACAAUCCAAAAGAGGAAAUGGUCCUUCUGAAACUUUAGAGAUGGGUUAAAUAUGCUGCUAAUGUUUGUGAGCAGAACUUCCUUGACUUCACUGUAGUUGAAUCUGUUCAUGAACUUGGGUUUUUAGCUUAGAAAAUCUGAAUAAAUUAUUCCCAAACCUGAUUAAGAAGAAAAAGAUUGUGAGGAAAAGCAUUUGUUCAUAUGAAAUUGCUUUUGCCUAUUCCAGUAUUAAUUUAUAUAUUUCUUUUAAUGUGGGAAAGUGCAAAAUUUGUAUUUCUAAGGCUUGCUUUCCAAUAUUUAAGUGCUGUUGCAUAAAUGUAAAAAGGAUCUUGCAGACUCUGGAUUUGGACUAGAUUCUGGCUCUGCAAAAGACUCUUGACUUUAGGAUGAGACAUUUAGGCUGAAUUUUUUAAGAGGGGCUGAAGUAAGGUGUCCGACUGCUUUCAAAGGGAGCUAGCUAUAACCUGUUAGACUCCUGCAAAGGCUUGAUCUUGUUCUUUAUGCCUCAGUUUCCCGUUUGGGAAAUGGAUGAUUCUUCCCUACCUCAAAGGGGGUAAAAUACCAAUAAACAGUAGCAGUGGGGGCGAUAGGGAUGUGCAGAAGUACUAUGACUUAAUCUGAACUUUUUCUGGUCUGUGUACCACUGUAACAGCAGUGUACACAACUUGAACUAUUCCUUAGAAGACAAAUAAAGCUCCACACACCUUAUCACAGAUCAGAGGCUUGGUUAAGUAUAUAUAGACGGCUUAUUUUCUAAGAGACGUAGCCUGAUCUUUUUGCGACUCCUUUCUGAGAAAGCUGGCACUGCACACUUAACUGUGGCAGGUCUUUGAGUCCCCUCCUGCUGUCGAGAGUACAGCCGCAGGUGAAGGCUUUCUGUUGAAAAUGCCUUGCCCCGGGUUCAGUUUGGGCUUGUAGCCUCACCGUAUUUCCGAAACAAAGCUGUUGUACUUAGUGCAGAGCAAAAGGGGACCGACUCCAAAUAGGAUAUCCCGUUUAGGACACAGAGAGUGAGGUCUGGGCUUCUUCCCCAGAGGCUGCCCGACAGCAUUCACGCUCUUCUAGAUCAGCUCUGUGGUCAGUGGGGUUAAUUUUGUACAAUAGAGUAUAUAAGUAAAACGGUUAAAUGCAUCUGUUACAAUGCGUGGUUGUGCUGAAUACCUGAAUCCAAGUCCUUAAGCAAUAUUGCCUGCAUUCAGGUAAAGAAAGUUUCUGAUAUUCUUGUAAUAUAUAUUUUGAUCUUGGACAGCUGCAAGAUCUUGUUUGGCAAAGUGAAACAUUUGUUUUAACAUGGUUUGUAAAUUAAUGACAUAUUUAACUAUGUACAUAGGUCUGUAGAAAGUAUGGAAACACUGGAAUAAAAAGGGCAUAUCUAGACAA